UUUGACGCAGUGCAUGGACGAUCAAGUGGUCACAUUGCACAACAUGGACAUCAAAUUCCGAUUCAAAUCGGUCAUCUGUUCAAGCGUCCUUUGAUUCGUCAAUGGGUUUUGCAAGAUAAGGUGUAUCACGAAAUUGAUGAUCGUGAACCUUCGCAAUUUGAAUUAUUCUUCGAUUUGGUGAUGGUUGGAAUCAUUCACAAACUUGCAGAUGGUGCAGCAGAAGCGGCAACGGGGCUCAAUGUUGCCAAAUUCGUCUUGUGUUUCUAUCCUGCUUGGAGUGUUUGGUCAGAUACACGUGCAUAUAUGAACGUUUCAGGAACGGAUGACGUUUGGCAACGCAUUUAUACGCUUCUGAUCAUGGUUUUGUUAGUCGGAUAUGCAGCCAACGUGACCGGAAUUCAUAUCGAAAAAGAAAUUGGUCAUACAGGAACAGGAUUGAAUGAUGGAUUGGAGUCUACCACCGCUGAAGCACAUCGUCGUGCUUGGAUGACUGCUGUUGAAACGAUCGGAUCUUCGGUCAUGAAAAGAGGGUCAUCAGGAGGAGGUGAGGAAGCCCCGUUGAAGUUGGUAGAGCAGAUCGGAAAUUCGCCAUACUGGUUUGCGGAGGGUUGGCAUGCGGCCAUUGCAAGUGCAAUUGGAUUCUAUCUUGUUGCCAAAGGAUGUAGGUUGGCUUUAUACUUCAUCUACGGUAUCCUUUUACCCAAAUUCCGUAAAGUGCUUUGGUUAAACGCGCUCGCACUCUUCAUCAUUGCUUGCAUCUACCUUCCGAUCAUGUUCUUGGACUAUCCUGGAGCGAUUGUGAUCUUGAUAGCUGUCGGAGUCGUAUCCGAGCUCACGAUUCGAUACUUCGUUGCUGGGAUCUUGCAAGUCAUGCACGGUCGAUCGAAACAUAAAGGGCACAAGACAUACAUUCCUGCGUACAGUUUACCACACUUGAUGGAAAGAACAACGCUGUUCGUCAUCCUGGUUAUAGGUGAGACUGUAAUGAAUGGAACGUUCGUUGCUGGACCGGGUGAAUAUGGACCACGAUCACAAUUCUGGCGAGCGGCUUUAAGCAUCACAAUUGCCUUUUUGCUGAUGUGGAUCUACUUUGACGUAGACUCUUCGCGAACGUAUGUGCACGGUUUGAAGAGGCAUUGGUUUACGUCCAUCACCUACACGAAUCUGCACUUUCCAUUAUGUGCUUCAUUAGUGCUUAUGUCGUCUACGUUGGUCACGAUGAUUGGCGAAGCGAGGGUAGAUAAAGCAUACCUUUGGUUCUUUGCUGGCAGUAUUGGAACAGCAAUGCUGUGUAUGGGAGUAUUGGGAAUGUUGCACAAGUCCUUGGACCGAUGGGGUUCAUCUUUGAUUCCCAAAUCGGCACGUAUCGGUCUUCGUUUCCUUUUGGCAGCUGUGUUUUACGUUAUGCCGUUGAUUCGUCAUUGGACUUCUUCGGAAUAUUUGGGUAUACAUGCAGCACUUUUAGCAUUUGCCGUUGCUUUUGAGACUUUCGGUAAAUUGGGAGCUGUUGGAAGAGUGUAUGAUCCUGUUCGUGCGGAAGCAUUACAUUCUGCCGUAAAAGGACCAGGUCGACGUGCCAGCUGGCAUGAGCAUGACGAUUUGACAGGUGAAGAAACGGGUGAGAAUGACGUUGGAGUGGAAAGCGAAUUGGGUCGCUUAGAAUCGAAACAAGUGGCAAGUGGAGAGAGAUGGGCUUACGUUGCA